AUGUUGUUUCUACGAAUCUUGACGGCUCUCUCCGCCACGCUUGUCGUCGCUAUUUUCCCUAUCUUAAAUGAGCAAGUGUAUUUGGAUAAGGCUGGCAUAACCAGCAGCACCGUGAUCGGAGACAGAGUUUCUCGGCUUCAUAAUGUCACGUUUGGCCCAGUACCAAAGGCUGAGCAGAUCUACGUCACCGAUGGUUUCGACAUUGCUCCAUUUCCCGCCACUACAAAUCAGCGUCUUUUCUUCCUUUUGUUCGGGCGCCUCCCAUCAUCCAAAACUAAGCACAUAAAGGAUCUCGAGGCUGCGCUGACUAAAGCAACCUUGAACAUAACUAUGAACCGCCUUGAUCCGGAUGGCAAGCCCGAUGAACCGAGUUCUAAUGUCAUCCCGCUCAGAGCGUUUCGCGGCAGUAUGGGCACUGGCCAAUUGUCUAUACGGCACACGAAUGGCACAUACGUAGACUAUCUUCCUGGGCCUGGGGAGAGCGAAAUAUUGGCUGAGUUCAUCAUCGUUGGGAUGUUUGUGGGGACGGGGCUACAUACGUUUGACCUUGUCGCUCGACUGGGAGAUGAGAACAAUACAUGCCUAUUUGCCUUCUCGCACACCCAAUGGUUAGAAAAUGAUUUUGAUUAG